AUGGCGCACGGGCAGGAGUCGUCGCCGACGCAGGCCGCCGGCGCCGGGGCCGCAGCGCAGUGCGCAAACGGCUGCGGGUUCUACGGGAGCGCGGCGACCAAAAACAUGUGCUCCAAGUGCUACCGCGACCACCUCAAGGCCACCCACACGGCUGCCCCCGGCCCCGCCGUCGAGGGGAAGACGAUGGUCAAGGCCGACGACGUGGCCAGCCUCGCCUUCAGCCUCAAGACGUCGCUGAGCCUGCAGGAUCACUCUGCAGCUGGUGCUGCCGAGGCGCCGGUCGCCGAGACACCGGCGGCCGAGGCACCGGCGAAGAAGCCGACCAGGUGCAUGGCGUGCAAGAAGAAGGUGGGGCUGCUAGGGUUCGCGUGCCGGUGUGGCGGCACCUUCUGCUCGCUGCACCGCUACGUGGACGGGCAUGCAUGCGGCUUCGACUACAAGAAGGCCGGCCGUGAGAAGAUCGCGCAGCAGAACCCUCUAGUCAUGGCACCCAAGAUCGACAACAAGAUUUGA